AAGUACCUCUACGCCAUGCGGCUUUCUGACGAAACGCUGCUGGACGUCAUGGCUCGCUUCAGGAGAGAGAUGAAGAACGGCCUCUCCAGGGAUUUUAACCCAACAGCCGCGGUGAAGAUGCUUCCCACCUUUGUGAGGUCCAUUCCUGACGGUUCAGAAAAAGGAGAUUUCAUUGCUCUGGAUCUCGGCGGUUCUUACUUCCGAAUUCUUCGGGUAAAGGUAUCGCAUGAAAAAAAGCAGACGGUGCAGAUGGAAAGUGAAAUUUAUAAUACCCCAGAAGACAUCAUGCAUGGGAGUGGAACACGGCUUUUUGAUCAUGUUGCUGAAUGCCUGGGAGACUUUAUGGAGAAACAACAAAUCAAAGACAAGAAACUGCCAGUCGGGUUUACAUUCUCCUUCCCCUGUCGACAAACCAAGCUAGAUGAGGGUAUUCUGAUAACCUGGACGAAGCGCUUCAAAGCGAGCGGAGUGGAGGGAGCAGAUGUCGUGAGGCUGCUUAACAAGGCCAUCAAGAAACGUGGGGACUACGAUGCAGAUAUCAUGGCCGUGGUCAACGACACCGUGGGGACCAUGAUGACCUGUGGCUUCGACGACCAGCGCUGCGAAGUCGGCUUGAUCAUUGGCACCGGCACCAACGCCUGCUACAUGGAGGAGAUGCGGCACAUCGACCUGGUGGAGGGGGACGAGGGCAGGAUGUGCAUCAACACCGAGUGGGGGGCCUUCGGAGAUGACGGCUCGCUGGAAGACAUCAGGACCGAGUUCGAUCGAGAGAUUGACCGUGGAUCCCUUAAUCCUGGGAAGCAGCUGUUUGAGAAGAUGGUCAGUGGGCUGUACAUGGGGGAGCUGGUAAGGCUUAUCCUGGUGAAGAUGGCCAAGGAGGGGCUGCUCUUUGAAGGGAGAAUCACCCCUGAGCUUCUCACCAAAGGGAAGUUUGAGACAAAGCAUGUUUCUGCCAUUGAAAAGAGCAAAGAAGGUUUGAACAAAGCCAAAGAAAUCCUGACCCGGCUGGGGGUGGAGCCGUCCCCCGAGGACUGCAUUGCUGUCCAGCACGUCUGCACCAUCGUGUCCUUCCGCUCGGCCAACCUGGUGGCCUCCACCCUGGGCGCCAUCCUCAACCAGCUGCGGGAUAACAAGGGCGUGGGCCGGCUCCGGACCACCGUGGGGGUGGAUGGCUCCCUCUACAAGAUGCACCCACAGUACGCUCGGCGCUUGCACAAAACCACGCGGCGCCUGGUGCCGGACUCGGAGGUGCGGUUCCUGCUGUCGGAGAGCGGCAGCGGGAAGGGGGCGGCCAUGGUGACGGCUGUGGCGUACCGGCUGUCGGAGCAGCACCGCCUCAUCGACGAGACCCUGGCCGAGUUCAAGCUCACCCACGAGCAGCUGCUGCAGGUGAAGAAGAGGAUGAGGGCAGAGAUGGAAGCGGGGCUGAAGAAGAAGACUCACGAGACGGCCAAAGUGAAAAUGCUGCCCACCUUCGUCCGCAGUACGCCGGAUGGGACAGAGAAUGGAGACUUUCUGGCACUUGACCUUGGAGGAACAAACUUUAGAGUUUUGCUGGUGAAAAUCCGCAGCGGUAAAAGGAGAACAGUUGAGAUGCACAACAAGAUCUAUGCCAUUCCCAUAGAGGUGAUGCAGGGAACAGGAGAAGAGCUGUUUGAUCACAUCGUUACCUGCAUUUCUGACUUCCUGGAUUAUAUGGGGAUAAAAGGCGCUCGUCUUCCUCUUGGCUUCACCUUUUCCUUCCCCUGCAAGCAGACCAGCCUGGAUGCUGGUAUCCUUCUCAAUUGGACAAAAGGCUUCAAAGCUACAGACUGUGAGGGAGAAGAUGUGGUAUAUUUACUUAGAGAAGGAAUUAAAAGAAGAGAGGAAUUUGACUUGGAUGUGGUGGCUGUGGUGAAUGAUACAGUGGGCACAAUGAUGACUUGUGCUUAUGAAGAUCCAAACUGUGAAAUUGGGCUCAUUGUGGGAACGGGCAGCAAUGCCUGCUACAUGGAGGAGAUGAAAAACAUAGAAAUGGUGGAUGGUGAGCAAGGGCGGAUGUGUGUGAACACGGAGUGGGGAGCGUUCGGGGACAACGGGUGCCUGGACGACAUCAGGACAACAUAUGACAAGGCAGUGGAUGACUUCUCACUGAAUGCUGGAAAGCAAAGGUAUGAGAAAAUGAUCAGUGGGAUGUACCUAGGGGAAAUAGUCCGCAAUAUUUUGAUCGACUUCACCAAACGGGGUUUCCUGUUCCGAGGCCAGAUUUCAGAGACACUGAAGACCAGACAUAUCUUUGAAACCAAGUUCCUUUCUCAGAUUGAGAGUGACAGGUUAGCCUUGCUGCAGGUGCGAACCAUCCUCCAGCAGCUGGGGCUCAACAGCACCUGCGACGACAGUAUCAUCGUCAAGACGGUCUGCGGGGCGGUGUCGAGGCGAGCAGCUCAGCUGUGUGGCGCUGGAAUGGCUGCCAUUGUAGAUAAAAUUAGGGAGAACAGAGGGUUAGAGCGCCUGGAGAUAACGGUUGGUGUGGAUGGCACUCUCUACAAACUCCACCCACACUUUUCGAGGAUCAUGCACCAAACAGUCAAAGACCUGGCACCCAACUGCGACGUGACCUUCCUGCUGUCGGAGGACGGCAGCGGGAAAGGGGCAGCGCUCAUCACAGCGGUGGGAUGCAGGCUUCGUGAGGCUGAGCAGAACUGAACUCCACAAUCCUGGCCUCAAUUCUGUCUUGUGUUUCUCAUAAAGCAGCGACUGCAUAGUCAGAACUGGUAAAAACCCAGAACUCACUGCUUUAUUGGGGGGAAAAAAAAAAUUACAACUAAUGACAUAAAAAAAAAAAAAUAGGAUACAAGAUAGAAUGUGUGCUGUUAACAAUAUCUCCUGUUUCUGGACCCCAAUCUGCAUGUUUCUUACUCACCUUGUCGGUACCUUCCCCAUCUGUAGGUCAUGGAAAAAAACCAGUCUAUAAUUUCUGCAGUUGUCAAAAACCAGAUGUUGUCUGAGACGAAAUUGCCCCCAGGUGAUGUGCGUUGAGAGCUCCCAUUGCAUCGUACCAAACGUGUUCUUGCAGCAUCCCUGUUAAGCGCACUGCCAGCACGCUGACCACCAGACCUGGGUGUUGAUGCUUUUAAGUGAAGGGGAAGCAACAGUUCCCUCCUGCAUUAUCUACCUGCUGUUGUUUCGUCUAAAGCGGUUGUGAAAACGUUCCGGUGUGUCAGCACUGUGCACGCACGUAACUCUAUAGUGGGACUUGACACCGCGACUUACUCGCUUCCUUGAUACCUCUUGUCAUGGUGAAAGUAAACACCCUUGUCCCACAGAUCUGGUUCCACUGGUACUCCCCAUCGCUUCUGUGAGUAGUGUUGUGUUACUGGGCGAAAUCUGUCACGUUUUGGCGAGAAAUCCCUAAAGAGUAAAGCCAAGCGGCUGGUGACUGGGGUAAUCCAAAUCUCCAGACCUGCGAAAUCGGUAGAUCCGUGGUCCCCACACGGCUGUGCUGUAUUCUUCUGUCUAAGGGUUCUUACAGAAAGUAGUUCCUCUCUCUUCUUGUUAGUCUGGGUCAGGGCACUGCAGCUGCCCUUCCACCAAACCCGCGGCUCAGCCGCAUCCCCUGGAUGCGCCUACUUCCGUCUCUCGCCUUAAAUGGGUAUUUGCUUCCCCACAGAGCUUUAAUCUUUAGUGCUGUUCAGCAGUCACUCAGAACACAAACACUCGGCCAGAGUUAGUGCGCAGAAAGGAAGAGGAGGGUUACGUUUUGAACCUUGCCUUUGAGGACCUGGGUGUGUAAACAACCCCCAGAGCCAAAAUUGGGUGAGGCGUAUUCCAAGGACGAAAGCAACAGCAGAUCAUUUACACGUGGUGUACCCUGUCCUCUGUCCAGUCGAUGCCAUUAUUAUAUUUGCAUCCCAGUUGCAUCACUUAACUUUGAGAAGCAGUUAGGAAGGUACAUGUCGAGUAACAUUUGUAAGUCACACCACUUUCUGCAAAGAGGGAGACCACACAGUAGUCCUUAAUUCCCACUCUUCUACCAAAAAUGAAUUUGAGAUGUCCGCAUGGUUUUCCCUGCUGCCUUUUCCUGCAGAAAGUAGAUGGGAAUUUGCAGGCUACUCUUCUCUGUUCUCGUUCCACUCCCUAAGAUUUGGAUUGCCCUACCUAUCGAUAACAUUUCAAUAUGCAUUAUGGUGCACUGUGAGUGAAUGUUGUAAAGUAACCUGUAAGUCACAAACAGUCAUUGCAGCUUUAAGUGUGUGUCUACCUGAAAAAUUGCAUGCCUAACUGGUUUUGCAAAGGUAGAGGGUCUUUUUACUUUGCACACUAGUAGCUCCGGUACUAGUGUUACGUGAUACUUGUGAAAAUAUUAAACUUUUUUGAUGUGCGUUAACUGGUGUUUAGUGGUUCUUUCUGGAAGAGGUGCUGUUGGCUGUUGGCUUAGUGCUUUGGGAAGAGCUAUUGUGCAGGGAGAGCUGCAACCUAAUCCCAGUGGUGCCUGUGUUUUGUGUGUGUGUGUUUUUAUUCCCGGGCAUUCGGGGUCAGAUUCACACAGGUCCCCGUGCCUCGUGUUUCCUAAUGUAGUUCAGCAGAGGCACAGCGCUGACGGCGCCCAAAUCUUAGGGGCCGUGUGUUUUGUCAGGGUGCACGCCGUGCCCUGCCUUGUGCAGGGGGAUCUGCGCUGCAGGAGAGCCUCGGGGGCUGCACCGAGGCCGAGGUGUGGUUGCUUUAGGCUUGUGAUGGAUACCACAUGUCCUGCGUGCCUAGGGUCUGCAGAGUCCGGUGCUCCUGCACCACCGGCUUGGCACAGCCUGUGCUGGAGUUGUGGUAGAUGAAAAAGCCCCUUUUGCCUACACUAAAGCUGUGCUUCUGCAAUAACCCAUUUUACGUUGCAGCUUGAAUAGUCUCUGACAGCCUUGAUGUGCAGCUAUGACCCCAAACAGGAGACAGAAGAAGGUGAGAAACUUUUUGGGCACAGGGGACACGUUGCAUUUGAAUUGCUUGAAGGUUUGCAAAUCUUGUGCCUGCCGCCGGCAGUGCUGUAGGGGUGGUGUGAGCCGUGCCUGGGGACCUGGGCUUGGAGCUCUGAGGGCCAGGCUCAGUGCAGGAUAGAGGGUGAACGAGGAGUGGAAGUUAAACUUGGUCUCAGGGUGACUGUGAAUUUUGGAGAUGCUGGCAUAGGUUGUUUUGUUUAUUGGAUUCAGCUCAUAACAGAUAGGGAGUGAGUUUGCGUUUCUAACUUUUCCUACCGUGGACCGUAGUUGAUGUACACGAUAAGACACGGCAGUUCUUUUCCAAAGGGAGACAUGGUGGGAUUUUCGUUUCCAGACUACUUCUUACCCCUAGGAAACUGUUCCAAGUCAAUCACAAGCUAUAACUGUCUGAAGAAAUGUCUCCAAUGUUACCCAAGCAAUGACUGAGAUGUCUUUCUUAAAGCUUUUAGGCUUGGUGAAUAAGAUCACAGUCCUCUUAACUGUUAAGCUGUAAUUAAUGCAAUAUGAACACAAAAAUCUUUUAUUUCCUGGGGAAAAGACCAUUUACAUACCACUGUUGUAAUGUCAUCUGCUUCUUACUUCUCUGGGGUUCUCUCAGAAGCCUUUUGAAUGGGUUUUAAAACAAGCAGACCUUGUUUUGUUUUGUUUUCUUAAGAAAAUAGCAGAAGGCAAAAUAAAGUGUUUCUGAACUUCUGAA